CAGAGGUCCAAAGGCAUCUCCUUCGAUCCUGAGAUAAACCCCAAUGAUGUGAAUAUUGGCCCAAAGAGGUCUCACAGUGUCGCCUCUGAUUGUCUCUCUUUUAUAUACCUCUCAGACAGUAUGCUCUUGACAGUGAAGACUCCCGCUAUUCUACUGGCUUGCCUCGGUGUCGGAUCUUGCCUCCAAGCGUCUGACAUUCCAGCAGAUACACCAGUCUUGUCACUGGUGGCCUCUGCAAAGUCGCACCUUGCAGGCGGCUCCCCUCGUGAUGCAUUGGUAUACUUUGACGCAGCUGUAGCGCGAGACCCCACAAACUAUUUGACCAUAUUCCAGAGAGGCGCGACAUAUCUAUCGCUAGGGAGAGAUGCUCAGGCCACAGAUGACUUCAACCGUGUAUUGGAAUUAAAGCCCGACUUCGACGGUGCUCUGCUGCAACGCGCCAGGAUCAAGGCCAAGAUUGCGGAUUGGAGCGCUGCAAAGGAGGAUUUCAUCGCUGCCGGCAAACAAUCAACGCCAGAGUUUCAAGAGCUGGAAGCGGCACAUGUCGCUGAAGGGGCUGCGGAAAAGGCAGAAGCGCGUGGUGAUUGGGAAGCAUGUGUGGACCAGGCUGGAAUCGCUAUCUCUAAGGCACCGAUGUCCUUGAGUCUUCGGCAACUCCGAUCUCGAUGUCGGUUUGAGAAAGGCGAUAUCCAAGAAGCCCUCAGCGAUUUGACUCAUAUACUCCACUUAUCCCCCGGAUCGAUUGAGCCGCACUUGCAAAUAUCGUCGACGUUAUUCUACUCGUAUGGCGAUACCGAGCGUGCCACUGCCCAGAUUCGGAAAUGUCUUCACUCGGACCCUGACUCGAAGUCAUGUAGCCGACUGUUUCGCACGGAAAAGAAGCUCAUUAAGCAGCUCGACCAGGUCAGGGAAUUUAUGGGUAAGCGUAAAUUCAGCAACACAAUAAAUCUGUUAGUAGGAAAGAAUGAUGAAAACGGCUUGAUCGAUGAUGUAAAGGAAGAAGUGAAAGAAGCUCGAGAAUUGGGACGCAUUCACCCUAACGCGCCUAACCAGCUCUACGAAUCUCUUGUGGAAACUACUUGCGAAGCAUAUAGAGCUAUCAACUCACCUAAAAAAGCAGAGACUUACUGCUCAGAAGCCCUUACAGCGAAUCCUCAUUCACUGCAUGGCUUAUUGCAUCGGGCUCAGGCUCAGCUCGAAGCAGAUGAGUUUGAAAAAGCCAUCGAGACGCUCAACACAGCCAAGGAACAUCAUCAGAACUCCAAUGAAGUCCAGGAAAUGUUGCGCAAAGCACAGAUGUUGCUGAAGAGGUCAAAACAAAAGGAUUAUUACAAAGUCCUUGGUGUAGCUCGUGAUGCCGAUGACCGAACAAUCAAGCGAGCAUAUCGGCAACUCACCAAGCUUCAUCACCCCGAUAAAGCCGUAUCUAAGGGCGUUACAAAGGAAGAUGCCGAAAAGAAAAUGGCCUCCAUCAACGAGGCCUACGAGGUUCUGUCGGAUUCUGAGUUGAGGACACGAUAUGACAAUGGCGAUGACCCUAAUGAUCCUGAGGCGCAAAGAGGCCAGCCUUUCCAGGGACAUCCAGGAUUCGGUGGUCAAAGGGGAGGCGGUCAACAGUUCUUCUUCCAGCAAGGUGGUGGCGGGCCACAAUUCAAGUUCUCUGGUCAAGGAUUCAAUUUCCCUGGCGGAUUUCCAUUCUAGAUACACCAUAUUUUUAAGCGAACCUAAUUUGGUUCUUUUUUGACAGCGGUGCAUGAGUAUAUUUUUACUGUGAGCUUUGGAUUGUAUGUAUCAUUGGGCAUAGAUGUUUUGAUAUAGUAUAAGGGCUUAAGUGGUGGUUUAAU